AUGGCGGUGCUCUUGAGGACGCUGCUGCAGCCGGGGAGGCCCCCGGGAGGGUGGGGGCGCUCCCUGGGACGGCGUGAGGCCAGCCUGGGCCCCGGUUCUGGGGCUGCGGUGCGAGUGCGGUUCGCCCCCAGCCCCACAGGCUUCUUGCACCUGGGUGGCCUCCGCACUGCCUUGUACAACUACCUCUUUGCCAAGAAGCACGGAGGGAGCUUUAUUCUGCGGCUGGAGGACACGGACCAGACCCGCCUGGUGCCCGGGGCAGCGGACAAUAUCGAGGACAUGCUGGAGUGGGCAGGCAUCCCCCCUGAUGAGAGCCCACAUCGGGGAGGCCCCAGGGGGCCCUACCUGCAGUCCCAGCGGCUGGAGCUGUACGCCCAGGCCACGGAAGCUCUGCUGAAAACUGGGGCUGCUUACCCCUGCUUCUGCUCUUCACAGCGGCUGGAGCUGCUGAAGAAGGAGGCCCUGAGGAACCACCAGACACCCCGAUAUGACAAUCGGUGCCGGAACCUGAGCCAGAAGCAGGUAGCUGAGAAGUUGGCCAAGGACCCCCGGCCUGCUAUCCGCUUUCGCCUGCAGGAGGAGGCACCAGCCUUCGAGGACUUGGUGUACGGCUGGAAUCGGCAUGAAGUAGCCAGUGUGGAGGGGGACCCGGUCAUCCUGAAGAGCGAUGGCUUCCCCACGUACCACCUGGCCUGCGUGGUGGAUGAUCACCACAUGGGCAUCAGCCAUGUGCUGCGUGGCUCCGAGUGGCUGGUCUCCACUUCCAAGCACCUGCUGCUCUACCGGGCCCUGGGCUGGCCGCCACCUCACUUUGCCCACCUGCCCCUGCUCCUCAACAGGGACGGCAGUAAGCUGUCCAAGAGGCAAGGGGACAUUUUCCUGGAGAGUUUUGCUGCUGCCGGCUUCCUGCCAGAUGCCUUGCUCGACAUCAUCACUAACUGUGGCUCCGGGUUCGCAGAGAACCAGAUGGGCAGGACCUUGCCAGAGCUGGUAGCCCAGUUUGAUCUGACCCGGAUCACCUGCCACUCAGCCCUACUAGACCUGGAGAAGCUCCCAGAAUUCAACAGGCUGCAUCUUCGUCGGCUGGUGAGCGAUGAGACCCAGAGGCGCCAGCUGGUGGAGAAGCUGCAGCUGCUCGUGGAGGAGGCAUUUGGGAGCCAGCUGCCAGACAGGGCUGUCCUGGACCCAGCCAAUGUGGAGAGGAUCCUCCUGCUGAGACAGGGUCACAUUUGCCGCUUGCAGGAUUUGGUCUCCCCGGCACACUCCUUCCUGUGGACUCGCCCUGCUGUGGGUCGAACACAGCUGGAUGCCAUCUCAGAGCAGGUGGAUGUGAUUGCCAAGCACGUGCUGAGCCUUUUAGAAGGACCUGGUGCCAGCUUAACUCAGGACGUGCUGAAUGCAGAACUGAAGAAGCUGUCCGAAGGUCUGCCCGGCACCAAGUACAGUCACGUGAUGAAACUCCUCCGAGUGGCCCUCAGUGGACAUCCGCAAGGACCUCCGGUAGCUGAGAUGAUGGUGUCCUUGGGACCAAAGGAAGUGCGGGAACGAAUACAGAAGGUGCUUUCCAGCUGA